UAAUGUGAAUCAGUAUUCACCAUUUCUUUAAAAAUUUUUGUAAAUAAGAAAAAUUUAAUUAACGUUUAAUAUAAUGUGGUGUAUCACAUGCCGUUUCUGUAAAGAAACACUGAUAAACAAUGUUAAAACAACAUAUAGAAGAGUCUCAUUGGCUGCUGAUGUUAGUAAGAACAACAAGCUGAUGCUCUUGGGCCAAAAGUAUGUAACAGACGAUUGGACGAAUGUUACGCCAAGCAUUAUUGCUAAAUUGGAAAGAAAUCUGCAUGUUCAGCAAUACCAUCCUCUCUCACAUUUACGUCAACGCAUUGUGAAUUAUUUUUAUGGACAGUUUCGCAGUAAAAGCGGGACCCCAUCUUUUAGUAUCUACGACAAUAUAUGUCCUGUAGUCACAGUCGAGCAGAACUUCGAUUCCCUUCUUGUACCAAAGGAUCAUCCAAGUAGAAAGAAAACUGAUUGUUACUUUAUUAAUCAAGAUACAUUGCUGAGAGCACACACCACCGCACAUCAAGCUGAGUUGAUUUCGAUGGGAUUGAAUAAUUUUCUCGUUAUCGGCGAUGUAUACCGACGUGACGAGAUUGACAGAACACACUACCCGAUUUUUCACCAGGUUGACGCAGUCAGAUUGCGCACGUCGCAAGAGAUAUUUUGUAACGUAAACGAUUCUGAAAAUCUUAAAUUGUUUGAACACAGAGGGACAGAAAGUGCUGACAAGCAAGCUUGUCAUAGCUUAGAAGCUGUGAAAGUGAUGGAGCAGGAACUGAAAAGUACUCUUACUAGUCUAGCACAAGCUAUCUUUGGGAAAGAUGUGCAAUGCCGAUGGGUUGACCAAUAUUUCCCGUUCACCCAUCCAUCGUGGGAGCUAGAAAUAUUACACAACGACGAUUGGCUCGAAAUACUAGGCUGCGGCAUUAUGCGUCAGGAAAUUCUACAAAAAUCUGGUGCUACAGAUCGAAUCGGAUGGGCGUUCGGUCUCGGCUUAGAGCGUUUGGCUAUGCGCCUUUAUAAUAUUCCAGACAUAAGAUUAUUCUGGAGCAACGACACUGGCUUCUUAAAUCAAUUCAAAGUAGACGAGCCUAAUGUACAUAUACAAUACAAGCCCAUCAGUAUAUAUCCACCCUGUAUCAACGACAUAAGUUUCUGGUUGCCAGAAGACGGAAGUUAUUCUUCUCACGAUUUCUACGAUAUAGCUAGAGAAAUAGGUGGUGAUGUCAUUGAACAGAUUUUAUUGAAGGACGAAUUCAUACAUCCAAAGACUAAAAAAACAUCUCAUUGUUACAGUAUAGUGUACAGACACAUGGAGCGUACGUUGACUCAGAAUGCAGUCAAUAAAAUUCAUAAUGAAGUAGGAAAAGCGAUAGCUGCUAAACUUAAUGUAGUUAUUCGAUAAAAUUGAAAUUAAAUGUUUUCUUUAAAAAAAAAAGUAGGACUUUUAUGUAUAAGCCCUGUAAUAAGAAAUAGGCAUGUAAAACUCGUAUGAACAAUACAAAUGUUACAGG